GCAGCCAGCGAAACGUUCGCAGAAACUUUCCCCCUAAAAUCUUAUCCACUCUAGAGCUCCGAGCUCCAGCCAUGGCGUCGCUCUUACUGGGAGCUCUUCCAAUCCCCUCUCAGUCCCUCGGUCUCACCAACUCUCGAAUUUCAUUCUCUCAAUCCGAGUCCCUAGCCACGUCGCUUCCUUCGGCCAAUGCUCGGAUUUCACUCUCCGCCAUCACAACUCCUCCACCAGUCCCUUCAGUGUAUUGUGGUAGAGGAGAUAAGAAAACCGAAAGAGGAAAGCGUUUCAAUCACUCUUAUGGCAAUGCGAGGCCUCGGAACAAGAACAAAGGCAGAGGACCACCGAGGGUGCCGGUUCCUCAAGCUCCGCCAAAGAUAGAUAAGUUUGAUAAUGAUGAGAAAAUCAAGAUUGAUAUCGAUGAGUCCUUUGAUGGUUAAUUAAUUUCACAAAAGAAAAAACCUUUUCCAAUUCCCUUUUCUUCUGUAAUAUUUUGACUAUUGAGUUUAGUUGCUUUGUCUUUGUAAGAUUUUACAUACUCUCAAUUUCAUGUUUGUAAUUUAUUUCUUAGCUCUUAUCAUUUUUUUAAUGAAUUGGGUUUUGGAAA